AUGCCAACAACCUUGUGCAUGGAAACCAAACGAAAAUACGACAUCGGGAAACUAACAACGCCUUAUCGGGUGGAGACUCUCGGUUUGGCGCGCGAUUCAAAACGUCUCCAUAUACGCGAUCGCAAUUCGGGAUUAGUUUUCUUGAUCGACACAGGAUCAGACAUAUCGCUGCUCCCUGCCGAUCAACAAACUUUAAAAACGAAACCUAGCGAACUAGAACUAUUCGCGGCCAAUGAUUCACGAGUUCAUACGUAUGACAGCAAACGCAUUAGCCUAAACCUAGGCUUGCGGCGGGAUUUAACAUGGAAUUUCUGCGUUGCCGCGGUUCCAUACCCCAUAAUAGGAGCGGACCUGCUGGCUCACUUUAGCUUAGUACCUUACUUACACGAGUCCAAGCUCGUGGAUACCAAAACCGGCCUAAGCACCAGGGGUUUCCUCAAAGCUACUCCAAUUUUCGGAGUGAGUCUGAUAGACCGAUCAACACCGUUCGGCGCAAUUUUACGCGAUUUUCCCAAACUCACGUUAGCUUCGCAGGAAACAAACGCGACAUAUAAUGAUAAGGUUAUGCACCACAUCAUUACCACCGUUCCUCCCGUCGCUGAUAGAGCAAGACGGUUACACCCAGACAAACUUACUGCGGCAAAAGCUACAUUCAAAGACCUCGUAAAGGACGGCAUUUGCCGACCCUCGAGCAGUCCGUGGGCCUCUCCCAUCCACCUGGUGCGCAAAAAGAACCAAGAAUGA